AUGGGGACUACAACUGAAGCCUCUGCUGGAGGUGAGUCGAAGUCCCCCAAGCAGUCCAACAGCUCUCCUCCUCGACCUGAUACCACGACCGACGCGAAGGCAGCCGAUCCGCCCGUCAAAACAGAGGCUGCCAAUGCCGAACAAGCCAAACCCCUUGCGCCUCCUCCUCGACCCGGCCAACAACAAGGCAACACUCCUGACUACUUCGCGGUCCAGGCCGGCGGAUCACUCAGUCUGGAGCCCAAUCCAUUUGAGCAGUCCUUCGGGGGCGCUCCAGAGACACCAGGAGGAACAAAGCUGCCUUCAGUUGCUGCAUUGACAUCACCAUCUUCAUUACUGCCCGGUAGCAACGCGACACCCUUCAACUGGGGAGGUGGCUCAUUGCGUACUGGUCCUUUAAGCCCUGCAAUGCUUUCUGGUCCGGCGAACGACUACUUUGGCGACACACAUCAUCUACGUGGCGGAUUUCCCACUCCUAACGAGUCCUCAUUGAGGACGGGUUUAACACCAGGUGGUAGUGGUUCUAUGUUCCCUGCCCCAAGUCCUAAUUCCCAGGCACUCUUUGCUCAGCUUGCCAGCGGAGGAGCGACACCAAGCACGCUCGAUUUCCAUCGAACUGCUAUCAGCGCUGCCGCUAAACGCGAUCAGAACGGCGCUGCCCCACGAUCCCAGGCACAACCAGCCCCCCAACCCCAACAGCCACCUCAGCAGCCUUCUGUUACUUCUCAACCCCAGGAAAUGCCCAACGGUGUUUCUAACACCAAGUCCGAAGCUAAGCCUGCUUCGGGCCCCUUCGACCCGCACGAUAACGACGCUGCAAACGGCCUAUUUAUGCUGGCCCAGGGUAGAAACGGUGCUCAGAACGCGAACCAAUUUGCCGUGACAUCAGGUGCUCCUGGCCACGCCCAUCCUGCCCCUGUUGCACCACAGAAUAUGAACACCUCGCCACAAAUGUCAAGCAUUAACGGUGGCUCCGUUGGCUCUGCUCGUGGUAUGAGCGAGGGUAGUAUGAUGUCGGACGACAGUGAGCAGGCUCGUCCUAACACUCGAGGCCGGGGCAAGAAAAACCCUCCUGCGACCAACGGUCGAAGGAAGGCUGAUGAACUUCCAUCUAAGGCACCCGCCAACAAAAAGUCAAAGACGAAUAACGCUAUGUCUAUGGAUAUGGACAUGUCCGACGACGAGGACAAGAUGAAGUACGAAGAUGGUGGCUCAAAGUCCAAGAUGACUGAUGAAGAGAAGCGUAAGAACUUCCUCGAGCGCAACCGUGUCGCGGCUCUCAAGUGUCGUCAAAGAAAGAAGCAGUGGCUGGCCAAUCUUCAGACCAAGGUUGAAAUGUUCAGCACGGAAAACGAUGCUCUCACGCAACAGAUUACCCAACUAAGGGAGGAAGUUGUAAACCUGAAGACUCUUCUUCUUGCUCAUAAGGACUGCCCGGUUACCCAACAACAGGGAAUCCAUGGCGCAUUUAUGUCGCAGGUCGUAGAGCCCUUCAACCCCCAAAUGAAUCCUUAUGGCAUGGCAGCACCCAUGCCCAACCAGCAAGUCAUGGCUGGACAGGGUGUUCAGAGGCGAUUCUCAUAG